CCCCCUCCCUGCAGCUGGCCUGACGUCAGGGUGCCUUGCCCAGACUGGAUGCCGGACGCCUUCAGACUUUGUGUCUCUCUCUCACUCACUGACACACACACACAGAUCCAUCCUCGCCGCCGCCUGCCAGUGCAGUGGGUGCCCACUGAGGGAUGUGCACACUGUGGUCUAGGAGCUGAGGCCAGCCUGCUGUUUGAGUUUCCCCUCUGCCCAGUGCAGCCCGAGUCCCUCCCUCCCUCCCUCCCUGCAGCGAUGGCUGAGGUCAGCAGCAGUAGCCCGUUCCCGGAGGUGUUGGAGCUCAACGUUGGCGGGCAGGUCUAUGUCACCAAACACGACACCUUGCUGAGCGUCUCCGACUCGCUGCUCGCCGAGCUCUUCUCCAGGAAGCAAACUCGGGUGCUGCCCCGGGACAACAGGGGACGCUACUUCCUGGACCGGGACGGGUUCCUGUUCAGGUACAUCCUGGAUUACCUGCGGGACAGGAGGCUGGUGCUGCCCGAGCACUUCCCGGAGAAGGAGAGGCUGCUCCGGGAAGCCGAGCACUUCCAGCUGGCUGAGCUGGUCAGCUUGCUGACAGCGCGGCUCCCCCAGCACAGCUCUGCAGCCGAGGACGCCUGUCCCAGCGAUAUCGAGGAGAGCUCCCAGAGCAGCGAGCUCUUGGCCAAGGGUGCUGCCGGCCCGGCGGCCAGGGGCUCCGGCUUCAUCACGCUCGGUUACCGAGGCUCCUACACCCUGGUCAGGGACAACCAGGCGGACGCCAAGUUCCGCAGGGUGGCCAGGAUCAUGGUGUGCGGCAGGAUCGCCCUGACUAAGGAGGUUUUCGGGGACACCCUGAACGAGAGCCGGGACCCGGACCGACCUCCGGAGAAGUACACGUCCCGUUUCUACCUGAAGUUCACUUACCUGGAGCAAGCGUUUGACCGCCUCUCCGAGGCUGGCUUUCAUAUGGUGGCGUGUAACUCUACCGGCACCGCCACCUUCAUCAACCAGUACCGAGAAGACAAAACGUGGAGCAGCUACACCGAGUACAUCUUCUUCCGGGGACAGCAAAGACCAGCCUCGCCAAAGUCAGAAUGUGAUGGGAGGAAACACGACAAAGGAGAGAAAGGAAUGGAAAGUGGCACGUCUUGUAAUGAGCUCUCCAGCUCCAGCUGUGAAAGCCAGUCAGAAGCCAGCACUCCGCAGCAGGGGAAUGUUGCCGCGCAGUCCGCCCCACCUCAGCCUAAUACCCUGACUCUGGAUCGCCCUUCCAAGAAAACCCCUGUCCAAUGGAUGCAGCAGCCUGACAAACGGAGGAACAGUGAACUCUUUCAAACGCUGAUGAACAAUUCCCGUGACUCAAGCCUCUGCAAAAAGAAAAUCAGCGAAAUGCUAAGCGUCGAGGAAGAAAUGAAAAAAUGCAUCCAAGAUUUUAGGAAGAUCAAAAUACCUGUGCAAUUUCCAGAACGCAAGCGCCCAUGGCAGUCUGAACUAUUACAGAAAUACGGACUUUAAGUAAACAGAGAAAGAGACUAGCUACAACAUGAGUUCUAUUUGAAAUAAGGGUUUGUGGAUUGGAGUCACAUGCUGUUUGUCUUAUAUUUUCUGUCUUAUCUAUUGAACUGUGAUAACAUUUGCAAAAAAAAACCUGAAGGAGUCUGUCAGAAAUGUGUUCCACAAGUCCCACACGUGGCAUGAGGCAUACCUUGUAAUUACUUUAAAUCAAUAAUAUAUUCAGAUACUCCUCCAGGAUAGGUGGGACUUGAACUGGACUUCCUGGCUGAAAGGUAGGGACACAACCACUAUGCCACAAGACCCCUGUGCUUGAAGGAAAAUAGUUCACUGAAAGUGCAGAAAUUUCUUUAGCAGGGUCAUCUAAUCUACUAGCAAGCUACACAGUGAGAAUAUGCAACUGUUGCAGCAUGUCUCAGUCUGAUUAAUAAUAGUAGCAAAAAUAAUGAAUUCUUCGCCACUGCCUCGAUGUGUCAGAAACAGUUAUGCAUGGGCUUAAAGAUUGGAUGUGACGGAGCUCCAGAAAAUGUAAAAGGUUGCAUUCAUUGUUGUUUAUAACCUCAUUCCAGCAUUACCAGCUUCCUGCAUUUCUCAUGCUUUCCAUUAAUAGAGUUUUACAGCCAAUCAUCCAAACCUGACAUUUCCAAUUUGGUCAUAUCAUUCUUCGAAUAUUUCCUUUUCAUUUAGCAAUAGUUUGGCCAAAUGUUAAUACCAAUAAAGAUCAAAUGCCAAGACUUAAGAUUAAAAUUUUUUGAAGAACAUUUUCAGUUCCAACGCUGCAUUGUUUUAUGAGUAAAACUUACAAUAAAAAAAGUCUGAUUCCAUUCAUUCCUAGUUAUUAAAAUAAAGUGAAGAUGGUGAUUCAGAAAAAAAAGUCCACAAUUUUGAGGAUGCGAAUGUUUAGGUUAAAAAUCUUCAUUGUGCUUUAGGGAGAUUUUUCUGGAGCUAUGCCCAGGCACAGUGGGAUAUCUGAGUACAGUAAGAAGCAGAAAAUCAUUACCAUUCAAAUCACCAGUAAAGAAAUCCACCUGACCAAGGGAAAUCAGCAAAUCUGGUUUAUAGGGUGCACUCCGUCCUGCCAAAACCCAUUUGUUAUAAAUGUGUUCAGAAUUUUGCUACACCCAAUAAAUAGAACAAUGCCUCUCUCCUAGUUUCACUACUUUGGUUUUAUACUAAAUUUGACUGAUGUAUAUUUCUUAAGAAGCAGUACAAACACUAACAGUUUACAGAGAAUUCAGGCAUCCUUUAAAUCAAUUCUUUUAAAAAGGCAUUAGAAUAGAAUAUCCUUUAUUGGCAUUAAUAUGUUGUUUUCAAAUUGAAGAUUUGCAGCAGAAGUUUGAAAUUGCUGCAAUUUCAAACUUCUGAAGAUGCUGGAGAAACUCACCAGCCUGCCAGUACCCGUGGAGAGAAUUAAUAGUUCAAGUCCAAUGUAACUCUCCUUCAGAACUGAAAGGGACUAGAAAAUGGUGAGGGAUGAGGAGUGUGUGGAAUACAUGGCAAGGGUGCUUACAGCAAAAGACAAAAGGAGUGCAAAUGGUGAUAAAGGAGAGAUAGAGAUGUAAAUAGGUAUAAAUGACAGUUAACAAGAGGAGAACAUAGAUCUGCUGUGCUGAAGGCAAAGCAACAAGACACAAACAAGAAAUGAUUGUAGAAACCCCUGAAGUUGUUGAACUCAAUGUUGAGCCUUAGAGCCUGUAAAGUGCCUGAAUGAAAAUGGAGGUGCUGUUCUUCCAACUUGUGCUAAGCAUUUGUGGGAAUACUGUAGCUGGUGUCACACAAAAAUGUUAGCAUGGGCACAAAGCAGGAUAUUGACAUGGCUAGCAACUGGAUGGUUGGGUUCAUUCUUAAGGACAGAGUGGACGUGCUCCAUAAAGAGGUAACCUUAGUCUGUAUUUGCUCUCACCAGAGUCAAGGGCACUGCAUUGUCAACAAUUAAUACAGGAGACUGGACUGAAAGAAGAACAAGUGAACUGCUGCCUCACCCUUUGGAAGGUGUCCUGGGGCCUUGGACAGUGAGGAGGGAGGUGGUGAAAGGGCAAGUGUUGCACAUUCUGUAAUUGCAAUGGGAGGUGCCACUGGGGAGUUGGGAUGGAUAGCAGGAUGGGAGGAGAUGGGUGAGGAUAUUGAGGACAGGACGAGGGUGUUAUGAAAGGAACAGUCCCUGUGGAAUGGCAAAGUAGGGGGUUGGGGGGAGGGGAAGAUAUGUUUGGAGAUGAAUUCUGCUGGAGAUGGUGGAAGUGGUAGAAGAUGAUUCUUCAAAUUCAGAGACUGAUGGGGUGGAAAGUAAGGACAAGGAUAAUUAUGUCAUUACUCUGAUAGAGAGGUGUGGUGGCAAGUGCAGGAAAUGGAUGGAAAUGACUAAUGAGCCUAUCAACCAUGGUACUGGGGGAGUCUUUAGUUCAGGAAAGCAGAGGUCAUGUCAGAGGCAGCCCAGUAGAAGGUCAUGCCAUUAGAACAUAUGUGAGACAGAUGGAGAAAUUGGAAGAAUAGAAUGGAGUCUUUGCUGGGAAGCUGGGUAUGAGGAAAUGUAGUCAAGGCAACUGUGGCAGUUGGAGGUUUUGUAAUGGAAAUUGGUGGACAGCCUAUCCCAUGGGAAUAGGGAAGUCAAAGAAGGGAAGAGUAACAUUAAUUCUGUUUUCUCUGCAACAGGUGAUGCCAGACCUGCUGAGUUUCUCAAGCAUUUUCUGUUUUUAUUUCAAAUUUCCAGCAAUUACAGUAUUUUGUUUUUAUUUGCAUUCAUAGUACAGAGUUGUCCCUCUACAUUACAGUAAAUUUGAAUAAUACAGAAGUUUUGAAUUAUUUUGGCACUCAUACAUUAAGAAUUGCAAGGCAAUCUCUUCAGAUAGCAAUUCUGUCAUCCUAAUGUCUUUUGCAUUUAUGUAGAAGCUGCAAAGCUGAUAGCUGCAUUGUUUGGAGGCCAUUGUUUCAUCACCUGCAAUUUUAGAAAUAACAUUCUAACUAUUCCCUCUCAUGUCAAGAAAUAAAGGUUUGCAGAUGUCUCACCACAUUGCUAUUUCGUUAAUGUAGUUAACGGAUAAGAAAAGAUCUACUGGCCCAUCAAUUCUUUCCUAUAUAGUGAUACCCCCUCACAUUAAUGUUUAGCCAUCAAAGAAUUCAUUAGGGGAGGUAUUGAUGUUGUGAUAUUAUUGUGUGACUUGUGAUCCAAAGACCUGAGUGAUGUUCUGGGCACUUGGGGUCAAAUCCCUUGGUGGGAUUUGAAACUUUUUUAAAAUUCUGAUGAUGACAAUGAAGCUAUUGUUAUAAAACCCCACCUAGUUCAUUAAUGCCCUUCAGGGAAUGCCUAGUGAGCCAUUCAGUUGUAUCCUAAGAAAGGAUUGAAUCCAAUUGAACCACCUGGCAGCUAUCUAGGCACCAGAAACAAAAGUGACAAGCACAGCUCUUUUGAUCCAACAAAAUCUUCCUUAUUAUCACCUGGGGCUAUGUGCCAACAUUGAAAGAGCCAUCUCUUGGCAAUGGAAUCAUAGCUCAGAUGUCCUGUCCUACCAUCAGGAAAGAUACAACAGAGGUGAAGGAACAGUUGUAUGCAGUAGGUAGGUAGGUGGAAGAGUCACUCUGGGAGCCCUCAACAUUUGAAUACAAACCCCAUGAAUUUCAUGGCAUUAGGUCAAACACGGGCAAACAUUAAUCUCCUGCUGAUUCAUUCAUACUGUGUCUCUCCCCCUCACCCUCCUUAUGGACUGCCGUGGUUUUAAAAGGCAGCUCAUCACUAUCAUUUCCAAGACAAAAAGGGACUGGCGCUGGCCCAGCCGUGAUGCACAUGUCCCAUGAGUGAAUAAAAAUAAAAUAUAAUCUUCAAUCUCAAGGCCUGGUGUAUUCACUACCCUAACAUUACUAUCAAGCGUGGUUCAUGAGGACAUGACAGGAGUAGGUGUACUGAAAAAUAAGACAUCAACCUGGUGAGGCUAUACAAUAGGACUACAUCUGUGCCAAGCAGCAUAAGCAGCAAGUGACAGACACAGCUGGGUGGUUUCAUCGCCAAUGGAUCAGAUCUAAACUUUGCUACCCAGCCACAAUCAGUUAUGAAUGCUGGUGGAUAAUUAAACAACUCACUGGAGGAGGACCUUUUCCCAAAAUAUUCCUAUCUUCAAUGAUAGGGAAUCCCAGCAUAUCCAAUAUCAUUCAGUGGAUAAUCCACCUCAGACCCCUCUGGAGGUCUCCGACAUCACACAUGAUAGUUUACAGCCAAUUUGAUUCACUCUACAUGAUCUCAAGAAACAGUUGGAGACACUGGAUACUACAAAGACUAUGGACCCUGACAACAUUCUAGCAAUAGUAUUGAAUACUUGUGCUCCAGAACUUCCCACAUUCCAAGCCAAGCUCUUUCAGUAUAGUUAAGCACCGACACCUAAGAUGGAAAAUUGCCCAGAUAUGUUCUGAGCACAAAAAGCAGGACAAAUCCAACCCAGCCAAUUACUGCCUAUUGUUGACUACUCUCGAUUAUCAGAAAAGUGAUCGAAAGGGUUUUCAAACAUACUAUUAAGCAGCACAAGCUUAACAAUAACCUGCUAACUCAUACAUCAUUUGAGUUCUGCCAAUACCACUUAGCUCCUGAUCAUUGCGGCAUUAGUUGAAACAUAGAAGAAAGAGCUGAGUUCCAGAGGUGAGCUGAGAGUGACAGCCUUUGAUGUCAAGCCUGCUUUUGUCCGAGUGAGACAUCAAGGAGUCAUAGCAAAAUUUGUGAGAAUCAGGGGAAACUGUCCAACUGGUUGGGGUCAUAUCUGGCACAAAAAAAGAUGGCUGUGGAUUUUGGGGGUUGGUCAUCACAGUUUCAGGACUUCUCUGAAGGAGUUCCUUAGGGGAAUACCCUAAACCAACCAGCUUUGGCUGCUUCAUUAAUGGUCUCAUUCAAUGUAACGGUACUGUUCACCUCUAUCGACAUAACCCUAGCCAGAGAAACAAUAGCCAACCUGCUGGACAUACAGAACAGACAAC